CCGAUGGGUGGCGCGCGCAGAUGCAUGCCCUUAUCGGUAUGGUUCCUCCGGAGCCUCCGGAACCAGCAGCAGAAAACAAGAAGAAGGAAAGAGUCGCAGCCGGUGCUACUUUCACGUGGAUUACUGAGCACUUUGGUACUUGCCCACCGGAAGCUGAUGAGGACACGGUCAAGACAUAUGCUCGUGUCUACAUGUGGUAUGUGAUAUCCAGGACUAUGUUUGCUGAUGGCACAGGCAAGAAUGCUCCAUGGAUGUGGCUGAAGGCGUUGACCGUCUUCGAUAGCAAAUGGAGUUGGGGUUCGGCGACACUGGCUUACUUGUAUAGACAGUUGGACGAAGCCUGUUGUAGGUCAUCUGGAGGUAUUGGUGGUUAUUUGCUCGCACUUUCCAUAUGGAGCUGGGAGCGUUUGCCGGUUGGACGUCCGAAGAAGGUGAAGUACAAUGAUUGGGACGACAAAGGCGACCUACUACGGCUACCCACUUGGGCUUACAAGUGGGAUGUGAUAAAUGAGACGACAGAUGAUCCCUCGGUCAUGUACAAGUUGUACCAGAGCGAGUUUGACGCGAUCACGCCUGAGCAGGUGAUAUGGGAGCCGUAUGGAACAGGAGAUAGUUUUGGUAACCCUUUAGAGUUCAGGCUGAAUCCGAUGUGCACUAGGGAUAGGGAUCUCUGGCGUAUGCGGUGCCCACUCAUAUGCAACUGGGCGGUUCAGCUUCACCUCCCACAUCGAGUGCGCCGUCAGUUUGGUUUGUUCCAGGCACAUCCGCCGGAGUGGGAGGACACGGACAAGUUGCUACACGCGUUGGAUAGGAAAAGGCAGCGGAAGAUUAAGGAUUGGGCCAAGCAUCACAGAAAGUAUGUCGUACAGUUUGCGCUUAGUGUGGAGCAAGCUAGGGCUGGAAAAGGAGUCCAGCUUCGUGAGCACUGCCCUGUAGCGUUCAACAACUAUCUCACAUGGUUUCUUGCAAGUACCCGUGUGGAGGUAUGCAAGCCGGCGUAUGCUGAGGAGAUUUUGGAAGAACCCACUGUUUUUGAUGAGGUAGCCCAACACCAGUACAACGCAUUAGUCAGGAAAGGCAACUCAGUGAUCCCUUCGGCUCCAAUGAUGAACUUUCAACGUGCCCAGAUCAAGAAAGCAGCUGAUGAGACCGAGACUAUUCUUGAAACAACCCCGGCUGGCAAAAGCGAUGGAGCAGCGCCAGGGCCAAAAGUUAAGACGGCUAUCAAACCUUUUUGGUUGUCGUGA